ACAUCGGCGACACCACCGAAGACCAACUGAAAGACACACCGUUUGCGAUGUCCUAUCGGUUCCGACACGAGUGUCCCGAAGGGUGCAAAGUAUUUGUGGGUAAUUUGGACCGCAAUACCGGUCGCGAAGACUUGCGCCACGUUUUCGGCCGAUUCGGUCGAGUGCUGGACGUCUGGAUGGCCACAACUCCUCCCGGAUUCGCGUUUGUGAUGUACGCUCACAGAGACGCCGCCCGCGAAGCCGUCCGCCGUAUGAACAACGCUCGCGUCGACGGGCGCUUCGUUACCGUCGAGUUGGCCACUGGUGUGCCUCGCGAUGACCGCCGCCAUCGCCGCGACAGGAGUCGAUCGCCUCAGCAGUCGUCGACCGCCGCCGCCGUCGUGUCGUCGAGAGACCGCACGACCGACAGUCGACCGCCCGUCAGAUACAGGAGUCGAUCGCCGAUUGGCCGCAGAGUUGACGAUAGGGACGAACGCGCGGACACAGACUUCCGUCGCAUGGCUUCGAACGGCGAUCGUUGUUAUGGUAACAGACGUGAGGCCAGCCAUCGGCCCGAGAGUCGGUCUCCGUCUUCGCGCCGAUACCGACAAUAUCGUGGACGAGACGGCCGUCGAGUGUCCACC